AUGACUGGGUAUCACUUAUUGGACUAUAGUGAGAAAAAGUAUGAGUAUAAGAAACUGAUGGAGAAUUCUACAUUGGAGGAAAAUGCUACAAUAUCCAGCGUAGUUCCUGCAGACUUUGAUGGUGACCUGCAGAUGGACCUCCUGAUCACUUCAAUAAUUCCUGGAAAAGAAAACAGCGCUGUUACUUGUAGGAUUUACUGGGGCAAUGAAGGAAACUUAGACACAGGUAGAGAAAAGAAAGAGAAUGAUUUGGGUUUUGAGGAUGGUGUUUUGACAUGGAACGGAACAACUAUACCAGUAACAUUUGAAAAACAACUGAAAGUAUUUGGCCAGAUUUCUUUCCAAGAUUUAGAUGGAGAUUUAACAGUUGACCCGUUCUUACCAGGCUGUUUAGACGAUGUGUGUGCUCAGAGUGUUCUGCUUGUCUACAAUGGCAAUAAGUGGAUGAACCUUCCUGUGAACUAUGACAAUGGAGUUGUCAAAUGGAGCUUCAUCCCCAGCCAGCCUUCUAGUCUCCUGCCCCUCCCCCCAACCCUGAGGGUGGGGGACUUCAACCUGGAUAGUCACCCUGAUCUUCUGGUUGUAGUGGGCAAUGGAAACCUACAUCGGGCUGUGCUUAUGUUCAACAAGGAAUGUAUGAGUAACUGUGGGGAGUUUUCCCGCACAUUUGAGAUCAACUGGAACACAUGGAUUGAAGGACACGACUCGAGAUCUCUCCUACCUGCCUUCUACGAUCUCCGAGACAAUGACACGACUCGAGAUCUCUCCUUCCUGCCUUCUACGAUCUCCGAGACAAUGUUUACAUACAGUAAACACAAGUUAUAUCAGCUUUUCACAUGUUUCUACUUGUGUUUGCUAUUUCAUGGGAUCCUUGAGAUUGUUUACACCAGUUUGAACACAGAGGGUCAGCCUGUGAUUGGUGCUACUGAACAUGACUUUGUUGAUGAUGCCUGCUUUAUGAAGGUCACAGUUGUCAGUGGUAGAUGUAACUAUGAUUGCCCAGAUAAUAGAAAGCCCUAUGGUGUGAACCAGCCCGGCCCUACCAUACGUUACAAAACUAUAGAUGUGAAGGGUAAAAAUCAGGAGAAAGUUGCCUACCAGUUAUCCCAGUCAGCAUACCUCCCCUUACAACUGCCAUACAACGUGUUUGGUCUGGGACAGGCGCCAAACUUUGUGGACUCCUUGCAAGUUGGCAUUGCCACAAACACUACAAAGCAGCUCAAUCAUGAAUUCCAGUCGGUGAUUCCCAACUCCCAGCUUGUUAUCAUUCCAUACCCCAUACAGGACCCAUCAAAAUGGAGCAGUAAGCUGUUUGUAAUGCCCAGUCGUCUCAUGAUGCUCACUGGGGCAGCACUGUUGGGUGCGUGUGGCUUCAUAGCUGGCAUUGUUGCUAUACUCCACUGGAGGGAUCGGGUUGAAGACAGAAAAGAGAAGCGUCAAGAAGCACAGAAAUUCCACUUUGAUGCCAUGUGAUGUACACAGUGAUAGUUAGAUCUGAACUGUUAAUGAAUGUUUGUAAAUAACUUCAUGUUUUAUCAUUGAUUAUGCCAAAUGGUGUGAUUACCUUAUCAUUCAGU